ACCGGCUACUACUCGGGUUACCGCCACAAAUAGACGCACGGGGCCUCCGGUUCGCGGCGCUCCGAACUUCAGUCUAACGUGUGUGUUCUUCGGCAGGAAGACUGCAGGGCUGUGUUCUCGUGUCUCGACUAGCCCAGAAGUCUAUUAGCCCUCCGACAUGCCGAAAGCCGCCGUGCAAGAGGGCGAAGACCCCGAUCCGACCCCAUACCUGUUCGUUUCUUUGGAGCAGAAACGCAUCGACCAAAGCAAGCCCUACGAUGGCAAGAAGGCUUGCUGGGUGCCGGACGAGAAAGAAGGCUUCGUGCAGGGGGAAAUAAAGGCUACCAAGGGCGACCUGGUGACCGUCACCCUCCCUGGCGGCGAGACGAAGGACUUCAAGAAGGACCUGGUAGGACAAGUCAACCCACCUAAGUACGAAAAAUGUGAGGAUAUGUCCAACUUGACAUACCUCAACGACGCUUCAGUUUUAUAUAACUUGAAGCAGAGAUAUUACCAUAAGCUUAUUUACACGUACUCGGGUCUCUUCUGCGUGGCCAUCAACCCUUACAAGAGAUUCCCCGUGUACACGUUCCGAUGCGCCAAGCUGUACCGUGGCAAGCGCCGAUCGGAAGUUCCGCCUCACAUUUUCGCCAUUUCCGACGGCGCUUAUGUCAACAUGUUAACCAACCACGAGAAUCAAUCUAUGUUGAUUACCGGUGAGUCUGGUGCUGGUAAGACUGAGAACACGAAAAAGGUAAUCGCGUACUUCGCCACCGUCGGUGCCUCCUCGAAGAAGGAGCAGACCACCAGCGACAAGAAGGGAUCUCUGGAAGACCAGGUCGUACAAACUAACCCUGUGCUUGAAGCCUUCGGUAACGCCAAGACUGUCCGUAACGACAACUCCUCCCGUUUCGGUAAAUUCAUCCGUAUUCACUUCGGACCCUCUGGAAAACUGGCUGGUGCCGAUAUUGAGACCUAUCUGCUAGAGAAGGCCCGUGUCAUCUCCCAACAGGCGCUCGAGCGUUCUUACCACAUCUUCUACCAGAUGAUGUCUGGCUCCGUCAAAGGACUUAAAGAAAUCUGCCUUCUGUCCAACAACGUCAACGAUUAUAACAUCGUGGCGCAAGGCAAGACCGUCAUCCCGGGCGUUGACGACGGCGAGGAAAUGAGACUUACCGACGAAGCCUUCGACAUCCUGGGCUUCACCCAGGAAGAGAAGGACAACGUAUACAAGAUCACCGCCGCUGUCAUGCACAUGGGCUGCAUGAAGUUCAAGCAGAGGGGUCGCGAGGAACAGGCUGAGGCCGACGGCACUGAGGACGGCGAGAAAGUCGCCAAGCUCCUCGGUGUGGACGUCCAGGACUUGUACAAGAACCUGUUGAAGCCCCGCAUCAAGGUCGGAAACGAGUUCGUGACCCAGGGUCGUAACAAGGACCAGGUCACCAACUCCGUGGGUGCUCUUUGCAAGGGCAUGUUCGAUCGUCUCUUCAAGUGGCUCGUCAAGAAGUGUAACGAGACCCUAGACACCAAGCAGAAGAGGCAGCACUUCAUCGGUGUACUGGAUAUUGCUGGUUUCGAAAUCUUCGACUUCAAUGGGUUCGAACAACUUUGUAUUAACUUCACCAAUGAGAAAUUGCAACAAUUCUUCAACCACCACAUGUUUGUGUUGGAGCAAGAAGAGUACCAACGCGAAGGCAUUCAUUGGGAAUUUAUUGAUUUCGGAAUGGACUUACUGGCCUGCAUUGACCUUAUCGAAAAGCCUAUGGGUAUCCUCUCAAUUCUUGAGGAAGAGUCUAUGUUCCCGAAAGCCACUGAUCAGACGUUCGUGGAGAAGUUGAACAACAACCACUUGGGCAAGUCUGCUCCUUACUUGAAGCCCAAGCCCCCCAAGCCUGGUUGCCAAGCCGCUCACUUCGCUAUUGGUCAUUACGCCGGUAAUGUCGGUUACAACAUCACUGGCUGGCUUGAGAAGAACAAGGACCCUCUUAACGACACCGUAGUCGACCAGUUCAAGAAGGGCCAGAACAAACUGUUGGUAGAGAUCUUCGCUGACCAUCCUGGACAGUCCGGCCAGCCUGAUGCCGGUGGCGGCGGCAAGGGCGCUGGUGGCAAGCGUGCUAAGGGUUCCGCCUUCCAGACCGUAUCAUCACUCUACAGGGAACAACUGAACAACUUGAUGACAACGCUGAGGUCGACACAGCCUCACUUCGUGCGUUGUAUCAUUCCCAAUGAAUUGAAGCAGGCCGGUCUCAUCGACUCUCACCUUGUGAUGCACCAGCUCACCUGUAACGGUGUGCUGGAAGGCAUCCGUAUUUGCCGUAAAGGUUUCCCCAACAGGAUGGUCUACCCUGACUUCAAGCUCCGCUACAAGAUCCUCGCUCCUCAAGCUGUGGAAAAGGAAUCUGACCCCAAGAAAAUCGCUCAAGUCAUCUUGGAUGCCACAGGCUUGGAUGUCGAGUCCUAUCGUCUGGGCCACACCAAGGUAUUCUUCCGCGCCGGUGUCCUGGGUCAGAUGGAAGAGUUGCGUGAUGACAGGCUCUCCAAGAUCAUAUCUUGGCUCCAGGCCUACAUCCGUGGUUACCUCUCCAGGAAGGACUUCAAGAAACUGCAAGAACAGAGAUUGGCCCUCCAAGUCGUCCAGCGCAACUUGCGCAAGUACCUCCAGCUGCGCACCUGGCCCUGGUGGAAGCUGUGGCAGAGGGUCAAGCCCCUGCUCAACGUCUCCCGCAUCGAGGACGAGAUCGCGAAACUGGAAGAGAAGGCACAGAAGGCCCAGGAAGCCUUCGAGAAGGAAGAGAAGCUUCGCAAGGAAGUCGAGGCCCUCAACGCCAAACUCCUCGAAGAGAAGGCAAACCUUCUGGCUUCUCUCGAAGGCGAGAAGGGCUCGCUCUCUGAAAUCCAGGACCGCGCCAACAAGCUCCAGGCGCAGAAGGCUGACGUCGAGAGCCAACUUCGGGACACACAAGACCGCCUAACUCAAGAGGAGGAUGCCCGUAACCAACUCUUCCAAGCCAAGAAGAAGUUGGAACAGGAAGUGUCCGGCUUGAAGAAGGAUGUAGAAGAUCUCGAACUUUCCGUCCAGAAGUCCGAACAAGACAAGGCCACCAAGGAUCACCAGAUCCGCAACUUGAACGAUGAGAUCGCCCACCAGGACGAGCUCAUCAACAAGCUCAACAAGGAGAAGAAGAUGCAAGGCGAGAGCAACCAGAAGACCGCGGAAGAGCUGCAAGCGGCUGAGGACAAGGUCAACCACCUCAACAAGGUCAAGCAGAAGCUCGAGCAGACCCUCGACGAGCUCGAGGACUCCUUGGAGCGCGAGAAGAAACUGCGUGGUGACGUCGAGAAGCAGAGGAGGAAGGUCGAGGGUGACCUCAAGCUCACCCAGGAAGCCGUCGCCGACCUCGAACGCAACAAGAAGGAGCUCGAACAGACCGUCCAGCGCAAGGACAAGGAAAUCUCUUCCCUCACCGCCAAGCUCGAGGACGAACAGUCUCUCGUCAGCAAGACCCAGAAACAGAUCAAGGAACUGCAAGCCCGCAUCGAGGAAUUGGAAGAGGAAGUCGAAUCCGAACGCCAGGCCCGCGCUAAAGCCGAGAAGCAACGCGCCGAUCUCGCUCGAGAACUCGAGGAGCUCGGUGAGCGUCUCGAGGAAGCCGGCGGCGCCACCUCUGCUCAGAUCGAACUCAACAAGAAGCGCGAGGCUGAGCUCAGCAAACUCCGCCGCGACUUGGAAGAGGCCAACAUCCAGCACGAGUCCACCCUCGCCAACCUCCGCAAGAAGCACAACGAUGCCGUUGCUGAGAUGGGCGAGCAGCUCGACCAGCUCAACAAACUUAAGUCCAAGGCUGAGAAAGAACGCGCUCAAUACUUUAGCGAAGUCAAUGACCUUCGCGCCGGUAUCGACCACUUGUCCAACGAAAAGGCUGCCUCAGAAAAGAUCAUCAAGCAACUCCAACACCAGCUCAACGAGGUCCAGAACAAGGCUGAUGAAGCUAACCGCACCCUCAAUGACCUGGAUGCCGCCAAGAAGAAGUUGUCCAUCGAGAACUCUGACCUGCUCCGCCAGUUGGAGGAGGCCGAGUCCCAGGUGUCGCAGCUCUCCAAGAUCAAGGUGUCGCUCACCACACAGUUGGAAGACACCAAGAGGCUCGCUGACGAAGAGGCCAGGGAACGCGCCACACUUCUUGGCAAGUUCCGUAACCUUGAACACGACUUGGACAACAUCCGUGAGCAAGUGGAAGAGGAAGCCGAAGGCAAGGCUGACUUACAACGCCAGCUUUCCAAGGCUAACGCUGAAGCUCAAUUAUGGCGCUCCAAGUACGAGUCUGAGGGUGUCGCUCGCUCUGAGGAACUCGAGGAGGCCAAGCGCAAGCUCCAGGCCCGCCUCGCCGAAGCAGAGGAGACCAUUGAAUCCCUCAACCAGAAGGUCGUUGCCCUCGAAAAGACCAAGCAGCGUCUCGCUACCGAAGUGGAGGACCUGCAGCUCGAGGUCGACCGUGCCACCGCCAUUGCCAAUGCCGCUGAGAAGAAGCAAAAGGCCUUCGACAAAAUCAUUGGUGAAUGGAAGCUCAAGGUUGACGACCUUGCCGCUGAACUCGAUGCCAGCCAGAAGGAAUGCCGCAACUACUCCACCGAACUGUUCCGCCUCAAGGGAGCUUACGAAGAAGGCCAGGAACAACUCGAGGCUGUCCGCCGCGAGAACAAAAACCUUGCCGACGAAGUUAAAGAUUUACUGGACCAGAUCGGUGAGGGUGGCCGCAACAUUCACGAAAUCGAGAAGGCCAGGAAGCGUCUCGAAGCCGAGAAGGACGAGCUCCAGGCUGCCCUCGAGGAGGCCGAAGCGGCCCUCGAACAGGAGGAGAACAAGGUCCUGCGUGCUCAGCUCGAGCUGUCCCAGGUCAGACAGGAGAUUGACAGGAGGAUCCAGGAGAAGGAAGAGGAAUUCGAAAACACCCGCAAGAACCACCAACGCGCAUUGGACUCCAUGCAGGCUUCCCUCGAAGCCGAGGCUAAGGGCAAGGCGGAGGCCCUGCGCAUGAAGAAGAAGCUCGAGGCUGACAUCAAUGAACUUGAAAUCGCCCUCGACCAUGCCAACAAGGCUAACGCUGAGGCUCAGAAGAACAUCAAACGCUACCAGGGUCAAAUCAAGGACCUCCAGACCGCAUUAGAAGAGGAACAGCGUGCCCGUGACGAUGCCCGCGAGCAGCUCGGUAUCUCAGAGCGUCGCGCCAACGCCCUCCAGAACGAACUUGAGGAAUCUCGUACACUUCUGGAACAGGCCGACCGCGCUCGUCGCCAGGCUGAACAGGAACUCGGCGAUGCUCACGAACAGCUCAACGAUCUCUCUGCACAGAACGGCUCACUCUCCGCUGCCAAGAGGAAACUCGAAUCCGAACUCCAGACCCUACACUCCGACCUCGACGAGCUCCUCAACGAGGCUAAGAACUCCGAAGAGAAGGCGAAGAAGGCCAUGGUGGACGCCGCCAGGCUCGCCGACGAGCUCCGCGCUGAGCAGGAGCACGCCCAGACACAGGAGAAACUCCGCAAAGCCCUCGAACAACAGAUCAAGGAACUGCAGGUCAGGCUCGACGAGGCCGAGGCGAACGCGCUCAAGGGAGGCAAGAAGGCCAUCCAGAAACUCGAACAGAGGGUACGAGAGCUGGAGAACGAGCUCGACGGUGAACAGAGAAGACACGCAGACGCACAGAAGAACCUGCGUAAGGCCGAGAGGCGUAUCAAGGAACUGACUUUCCAGGGUGAGGAGGACCGCAAGAACCACGAGCGUAUGCAGGACCUCGUCGACAAACUUCAGCAGAAGAUCAAGACCUACAAGAGGCAGAUCGAGGAAGCCGAAGAAAUUGCCGCCCUCAACUUGGCCAAGUUCCGCAAGGCGCAACAGGAAUUAGAGGAAGCCGAAGAAAGGGCAGACCUUGCCGAACAAGCGAUCAGCAAAUUCCGUGGCAAGGGACGCGCGGGAUCCGCAGCGAGAGGAGUCAGUCCGGCGGCGUCCGUUAAAGGGCGUCCAUAGGUCACCAAAGGAUAAAUCCCCGCUCGCGCCCCGCUUUCGACGGUUUCGGCACCUUCCCACCAAGGUUCGACCUGGGGCCAGAAAACGAUUUCUAAACGUUCCACAACAGAAUAUAAUAACGGACUGUACAGAUUAUAUCGUUGAAACAAACUAAAAUAACAAAAAAGUUUUUUUUACACAAGUGUUAUAAACUUAUAAGACAGCGUUAAAUACCUAGGUACACGUAAUUUUUUUUACAAGGAAUUACAAGCAAAUUGUAAAAAUGUAAACACCCUGAUUUAAAAUAAAAAACUCAAUGUUAAACAAAUGAACCAGUAAUUAAUUUUAUUAUUAUAUAAAUGUUUUUACGAAAGGAUAUUUUGUAACUUGUUGAUAGUUAUUUAUAAUUAUUUAUUAUUUAUUAAUGUGGAAGUAUGUAUCGCAUCGAGUGGGUGGGGUGCGAUGGGUGCACGCGCGCCCGCGCUUCAGAGACACACCCUACACCCUUUAACGGAGUUGCGCGCGCACCCACCGCUCCCUCACCAUUGACAUCCAAUAAAAGAUAUCGUUGUCAGAAAAUAUUA